UCCGUACUACUCUAUAUCUGCCUCCAUUCCCCUCGCACGCAAAAGCUUUCCCCCAUGGGCACCUCCCUCGCCUUUCCCUCAUCCUCCUCUACCUGGCCUGAACUCCAGUCGCACUUCGAUUCCGCCGCCGACGCCUACCGCCUGCAGCAGCAGCUUGACUGGAGAGCCUCUAGCCAUGCUACUGACUUCUUGCGCCCCACAUGUCCGACGGAACGCCUUGGAUGCGGAGACGCCAAGAAACGCUAGGAUUAGUCGCUCUGCGGGGUCCCUUUUAGUUCCCCUCUAACGAUUUGUAGCUCUUGGUUUGGCGUGCUUAUAUUUCUGUGAUUUGUGGGUGUUUUAAUUUUGUGCAAAGUCUGCAGAGAAAUCAGGAAGUGCUAGGUUUGGGUCUCCUCGGCAGUUGGUUUUUGUGGUUUUGCUGCUUUUAUGGGAGUGCCUGUCGCGCAGAAGUCGGAUUAUUGGAUUACCGGCCUAGCGAUGACUGACUGCGGCGGCAGCGAACGCUGCGACCUCGGCGUCCGGCCUAUUAACGGCGGCCGAGGUGGCGCCAUGGAGCAGCGUGGUGACGGGUUCGAUGGGCCUCCGGUGUCCCCACCGGAGCGCGUUCCGACACCGUCUACAUCGAGGUCCGCCGGGCGGCGGAGUUUCUCCUCACCCGGUCCUCUCCGAUGCUCAACGCCAAGGAGUAUCAAUUAUGAAGAUGGUGAAGACUCAGACCGGUAUUUCUCUCCGCAGAGUGAGUUUUCUCAAGAUACUUCCGACACGGAUUCCGUGAGCACUAUUGGUAGGCUGUACACAUUCAGGUUGGGGACUUCAAGCCCAGUAUAUAGUCCUAUGAAACGAAUGGGACUAGGAGAUACAAGUCCUCCCUCUGGGAGAAGUGGUCAUUCCAGCCAAAAUUCUCCUAUGUGCGCUUUGAAUUCUGGCCAUGGCUAUGAUGAUGUUGAUUAUUCUAGCUUUGUGAAUUCACCCAAUUGCGAUGAUGAACAGCAUGACAAUGUCUUGCAUCCAAUUGAUUUUGAGAGUAAUGGACUCAUAUGGUAUCCUCCACCGCCUCAGGAUGAGGGUGAUGACUUCGAAAACAGUUUCUUUGAAUAUGACGAUGACGACGAUGACAAUGAAAUUAGUGACGGGAAGACCUUUGGACAUGUUAACCAUGACACUGGGGUUGGUGAUGAUUUACUAGGGAUAAAAGGAAAACAGAAUAUAGCUCAUAAAGAGUUCUUAAGGAAUGCUUUACAUGGGCAUUUCAGGGCUCUUGUGUCCCAGUUGCUUCAAGGUCAUGGAGUUGAUCUCGUGGAUGGGUGGUCGGACAUAGUAUCCUCAUUAGCAUGGCAGGCAGCUACCUUCGUCAGGCCAGACACAAGGAAAGGUGGUAGCAUGGAUCCCACCGACUAUGUCAAAGUCAAAUGUGUAGCAUCAGGGAAUGCCACUGAUAGUACUUUCAUUAAAGGCGUCGUUUGUUCUAAGAAUGUAAAACAUAAGCGAAUGGUGUCAAAGCAUGAGAACCCCAGAUUGCUUCUUUUGGGAGGAGCACUGGAACACCAAAAGGUUACAAACAAACUAGCAUCGAUAAACAGCAUUCUUGAACAGGAAAAGGAGUAUCUCAAGAAUGCUGUUGCAAAGAUAGAGGCCCAAAGACCUCAUGUCUUACUUGUUGAAAAAAGUGUGCCUAUGUAUGCUCAACAGCUUCUUGCAAAAGAUAUCUCUUUAGUACUGAAUGUCAAGAGAUCACUUCUAGAAAGGAUAUCACGCUGCACCGGUGCUCAAAUUGCUUCAUCCAUUGACAAUGUCACUUCAGCGAGACUUGGACAAUGCCAAGCUUUCUGGAUUGAAAGAGUCACAGAAUCUUCAGCUCCAAAGGACCCAAGCAGAAAAUCUGCCAGGACUUUGAUGUUUUUUGAUGGUUGUCCACGACGCUUAGGCUGCACGAUCCUUCUAAGAGGCACAUCUUAUGAAGAGUUAAGGAAGGUCAAACUUGCUCUGCAGUUUGCUGUAUUUGCAGCGUAUCAACUAUCACUUGAGACCUCAUAUCUUGCUGAUGAGGGUGCAACACUACCAAAGAUUCCUUUGGAUCUUCCAGCUCUUCCACUUGAAAAGCAUAUGAAUGGUGGGAAUAUUUCCGUAAGUAACUGUCCCCCAAAUUUAAAUGAUCCUCAAACUAUUGGUUACAGAACUUCAGACAAUGGGUGCAUCAUGCCUGUCAAUUUUCUUGAUGGCUCUUCAAAUUUGUUAUCUACCGAUCAGUCUCUUUUGAGAAACUUUAAUCAGGAGGAGUACAGUGGUGGAACUGGAACCAAUGGUUGUGUACCACCUCUUGGCAUAACUGUCGAAACAUCCAAAAGUCCACUCACCUUUGCCAGCAAAGGGACACCAACAGAAAAUCUUGAUAAUGUUCAUAAAGAUGAGAUGGUUGGUGGAAUUUGUAGUGUUGAAAGUGACUUGGACAAUGGCUGGCAUCAUAUAUCAGAUGAAGAACGUUUAGGAGUAGCCAUGCAUAGAAAUGAGAACACUACUGAGUAUUUCCCAACAUCUGAGAAUGCACAGAGUAUUCUUGUUUCCUUGUCAAUCGCAUGCCCUCUUAGAGGAAUCGUAUGCAAGCAAUCUCAGCUCUUCCGCAUAAAAUUUUAUGGUAACUUUGAUAAACCACUUGGAAGAUAUUUUUGUGAAGACUUAUUUAAUCAGACUUCAUGCUGUGAGUCAUGCAAAGAGCCUGCAGAAUCUCAUGUUCAAUGUUAUACUCAUCAACAAGGCAGCCUUACAAUCAGUGUUAGGAAUCUUGCAUCUGUAAAGCUACCUGGGCGAAAUGAUGGGAAGAUAUGGAUGUGGCACAGGUGCCUCCGGUGCAAAUCAAAAGAUGGAAUCCCUCCACCAACACAAAGAGUAGUGAUGUCUGAUGCGGCAAGUGGACUUUCUUUUGGGAAAUUUCUGGAACUUAGCUUUUCAAAUCACACAACAGCCAAUCGAGUUGCCUGUUGCGGACACUCCCUUCAGAGGGACUGUCUUCGUUUUUAUGGGUUUGGAAGCAUGGUUGCAGUCUUCCGUUAUUCUCCUGUAGACAUCCUGUCUGUCAACUUGCCACCCUCAGUGUUGGACUUUGCUUAUCCAAUAGCUCAAGAUUGGCUCAUCGAGGAGGCUAGUGAUGUAGCCAAUAGGAAGGAGAACUUUUACAGGGCGAUUUCUGAUAAACUUGACUGCAUUGAAAAGACAGUUACAGUCCAAGAUGUGAGCACAAACACAGGCUUAUAUAAACAUGUUGUUGAUCUUAAGGAUUUGAUUAAAGUUGAGCGGAAGAAGUAUGAUGUUUUGUCAGGGUUUCUUAACAUAGAGAGCUUGCAAACAGUUGAGCAAGUUAUAGAUGUUCUAGAGCUUAACCACCUGAGGCGAGAGCUUGUACUCGAUUCGCAUAUUUGGGAUCGCCGACUGCACAUGAUGCACUCACUCACCAAGGAAAACUGUCAUACUGCGUCAACUGAUGCACAUUGUCCUAAAAAACUUCCCGAAAGCUUGUUAGAAGAAUCAAACGAUGAGAUCUCCAGUAAACAGGAGAAUAUGGAGAAUUCACUGGAAUAUACUCAGUCAAGUUCAUCCAUCACAGAUGCUGGGAAGUCAUUGCUCGGAGGAGAACAGGGUGACACAACUGUGCCACUUUUAGGGUUAAAAACCAACAUAGAUGAAGUACACCACCAGUCUGCUGAUACAUAUGUUGAUUCCACUAGUCUGCACUUUGUCUCGGGACCAUGUGAAAUACAGAGUGAUGUGGCGGCGGUUGAUGAAGUUAAGCUUGAGAGCACAUUGGAGAAGCCACAGUCUUCGGCAUCCAAUCUUUCUGAUAGAAUCGACUUGGCAUGGAGUGGCUCUAGCGUGGAGGUACUUCCAGUCGUACCUGCUGCUCCAAUGGAUGGUCCCUCAUACCAGAAUGUUGUGGCUCCAAUUAGAAUUAAAUCAUUUGAUUCUGGAAUUAAUAUCAGAAAUAGGUUAUCGCCUGUUGAUGGUUUAAAUGUAAGCAUAAGAAGAGCUUAUUCUCAAAGGCCUCCAAGGGCGUUUGAGAGAACAGGCAGGGGUUUAACCCCGACAUGCACAACUAAGCUGUUACUUCCUGGUGUGAUGGAUGGCGAGGGCCGUUUGCUUCUAUCUCAAUGUACUUCCAGCGUUGUUGUUCCAAUUUAUGAUGAUGAGCCUUCCAGCAUGAUAGCACAUGCCAUGACCGUUCCGGAAUAUCACAACUUUGUGUUACCACUGCUGAAUUUGCAUAAUGAAUCGGACAAAUUUAGUGUUUCUAACUCUGUGGACCAGGAUUCCACUUCUAGGCGCUUGUCAGGUUCUGACCAACCUCAACCUAGAACUCAAAUUGAUUCCAAGGAUAGUCAUUUGACAGUUACUUUUGAGGAUGAAGAUUCAUGUUCUGUGGAUAGGGCAAAAUUUUCUGUAACAUGUUAUUUUGCAAAGCAGUUUGAUGCAAUCAGAAGGAAGUGCUGUCCUGAUGAACUGGACUACAUCCGUUCUUUGAGUCGCUGCAAGAGAUGGAGUGCUCAAGGUGGCAAGAGUAAUGUAUACUUCGCCAAGACCCUGGAUGACAGAUUUAUCAUAAAGCAAGUGACCCGGACGGAAUUAGAUUCAUUUGAGGACUAUGCAGCUGAGUACUUCAAAUAUUUAACAGAAUCUUUAUCUUCUGGAAGCCCGAUUUGCCUUGCUAAAGUCCUUGGUCUUUACCAGGUUGUUGCCAAGAACAUGAAAGAUGGAAAGGAACUGAAGAUGGAAUUAAUGGUCAUGGAAAAUAUAUUUUUCAACAGGAAGGUAUCGAGAAUAUAUGAUCUGAAAGGAUCCUUGCGUUCCCGUUACAACCCUGAUACAUCAGGAAACAACAAGGUUCUUUUAGAUCUCAAUCUAUUAGAGACACUUCAUACAAAGCCUAUUUUUCUCGGAAGCAAAGCAAAAAGAAGGCUGGAACGAUCUGUCUGGAAUGAUACUUCUUUUCUGGCAUCGGUGGAUGUGAUGGACUACUCCCUCUUAGUUGGCAUUGACGAAGAAAGGAAAGAGCUGGUGAUGGGAAUCAUUGAUUAUCUUCGGCAGUACACGUGGGACAAACAGCUAGAGACUUGGGUGAAGGCAUCAGGAAUUCUUGGGGGCUCCAAAGACGUGCUCCCCACAAUCAUAUCUCCAGAUCAGUACAAGAAGAGGUUCAGGAAGGCCAUGUCAAAGUACUUCCUAACGGUCCCUGACCAAUGGUCACCCUGAAUCACUUGAUGCUUUCCAGUUUUUAUAAACCACUUGAUGCUAUUAUUACCAUUCAAGUGGAAAAUUGGGUGACACGAACUGACAGUUUGUUGUCUUUUUUUUUCUUUUUUUCUGAAAGGUUGUCCGUUGUGCUAGGACACUCGAUCUGUGCCUUCUGUAUGUUAUUUUUUAAUGCAACAGGUAGGAUCGGGAUCUAUGGUCAUGAUUCUCUGUCCGGGCAGAGCCUAUAGGAUCAAGACGUGUAUGCAUAAAGACAUUAAUUCUCAAAGCGUUCUAUUUUGCGAUC